UAAAAGAUGGAUGAGUUUAUGGAAUCAGUGCGCAUAUUUUUCAAUGGUGGAGAUCAUAUUCCCUGGUGCAAUUCAGAUGUUGUUGCCGGUUGUGAGAAAGAGGUUGUAGAAUCUUCAGAAGAACAAAAGGCAGAGAGUAUAAUGCGGUUUUCUUGGGCUUUGGUUCAUUCUAGACAGACAGACGAUGUGCAGCGUGGGAUUGCUAUGCUUGAAACUUCCUUAACCAAUACCGAUAGUCCGCUCCAAAAUAGAGAGAAAAUGUAUCUUCUAGCAGUUGGAUACUAUAGAAGUGGUGAAUUUGCAAAGAGUAGGCAACUUGUAGAACAAUGUUUAGAGAUUGCGCCAGAUUGGAGGCAAGCUUUGUUCCUUAAGAAGACAAUCGAAGAUCGAAUUACAAAGGAUGGUGCCAUUGGAAUCGGCAUUACAGCCACUGUUGUAGGACUCGUAGCGGGUGGACUAGCCGCAGCCUUGUCUCGUAAAAAUUAG